AUGCGUUGUCACUACGUUGUUCUACUUCUGGCUGUCAACAUUGUCGCUAGUAUCGAUGCCAAUUCAAUGACAACCGAAACUGCUUCUUUGGGUCCAUCACACACAGUACAGGACAAUGGUGUCUCCACUAUCCGGUAUCUGAGGUCAGUCGCUACUGGUGAAGAAGACGAAGAGAGAGUGGUCGUUAUGCCUGGCCUCAACUCCAUCAAGAAAAACCCAGUCCUUCAGAAUGUCAACAAGGUCUCGAACCGAGCAAAGUCGAUAAUCACGUCAGCAACGCUCCUGAAAUGGGCAAAGCAACAACGAUCUCCGGACUUAGUGUUCAAGAAGUUAAAACUUGACAAGACCGGGAGCAAGCUCUUCGAGAGUCCGGCUUUUAAUAUGUGGGUCACCUACACCAACAAGAUAUUCAAGACCGACGCAGACAGCGUGAUCUUUACUUCUUUGUCGAAGCGAUAUGGCGUUGCAGGCCUCAUGAGGAUGACUGAAACGGCAACGAAGGUUGAUAGUACGAAAGGCAUGGCGACGAAGCUGCAGAACAUUCAACUGGACGAUUGGAAAAAGCUUGGGAUGUCUUCGGAUGAUGCCUUCAAGGCGUUGAAACUCAACGAGAAAGUGGAUGAUCUUCUGACCAACCCGAAUUUGAAUACGUGGGUAAAGUAUGUGGAGUUGACGAAGAAAAAUACCAGGCUGAAUACGCCUAUGAUCGACACUUUCAGGGCCCACUUCAAAGAUGAUGCGUUACUAAAAAUGUUCAAGGCGGCUCAGAGCAAUCCGAAAACGAAGAGGAUGGGAGUACACUUGGAGAACUCGCUUACCAAUAUUUACCGUCUCCAGCAUUUGAAGAACACUAGCUGA